AUGUCGAGGACUGCGACACCAAUGUUGAGGAUGUCCUGUGGACGGCCUGAGGUCACCAACGAGGACUCGGACGAUUCCAAUGCAGAAGUUGCGGAAGCAGCGGAGGGCGUAGAUUUCGAUCAUGAUGGUAGAGGUGUUGGAUUGGAGAAACUAGUCAUCGACACGGAACACAAACUUGUCGUUCUAGAGAGAGAAAAAGAACCACAACAACAAUUAAGGAUGUUCGAUUCGAGUAAGUGGAACAAGAACUUGGGGGAGUCAUCCUCAAAUAUGCCAUUGAGUUCCUCUAUUUCUGAUUCUCCAAGGUUUGGCUUGGGGGCUUCUUCCACACCUGCGGUUAUUGGCAACGCAUCACCCUCCUUAUUUUCUGCACCAUCUAUGACUGGACCGAAGCCUAUUUCAGAAGGCUUUGGGUGCAAUCCUUUUUCACUUGGAAACCAAUUCCAAACAACACAAGAGGCAUCUGGGAACAAUUUAUUUGGUUCAAAACCAUCCUCUGGUGCAUUCAUUCAGCCGGCAACAAGCCAGCGACCAGGACUUGAUGCCUCAAGUUCCCAAGCUUUUGGGUUUGCAACAGCUUCAGCAUUUGGUAGUACAGUAACAAACCCUUUUGUGCCUAGUACACCUCCAUCCUUAUUUUGUGGAUCUCUUAGAAUUGUUCUAAAGUGUGCUACUUGUGGAGGUUUUGAUUGGGCUCCUCAUAUAUCACAACCACAUCACCCUCUAUUUGGAUGUUAUAGAAUUGUUCUAAAGUGUGACACUUGUGGAGGUUUUGAUUGGGUUCCUCAUAUAACACAACCGCAUCACCCUCUAUUUGGUUCAACACAACCCUUGGGUGGAUCAAGUCAGCCUAUGUUUGCAGUUCUAAAGCACCAGGUUUUGGUCCUACUUCAUACUUUCCAACAACAGCAUGAUCAAGUUCUUCUACUUCCUGCUUUUAGAGGCCAAAGUGGAGGAGCACCUGACACUCAUGGGAAGCUAAUGUCAAUAUCGGCUGUGCCUACUUACAAUGAUAAAAGCCAUGAAGAACUAAGGUUGGAGGAAUAUAAGUUAGGGGAUAAAGGUGGUUCCGAUGCGGCUGCUCCAUCCACAUAA